GCCUGAGGCCGCGGCGACUUGCCUGUAGCACACGUGCUGGUGCUCUCAAGGGGGCGAUGCUCACACGUCGGGCCCUGCUGCGGCGCUCCUUACAAGUACAGCGCGCACUGCUUCGGUCGGCGCGGAUUCCUCCUGCCAGCCUGAGGCGCGGCGUCGUCCUGCUACCGCGCCGGCCGCCGCUGCUGCUUCACUCGCGUGCGCUCGCUUCCAAGUCGAAGUCUGAGAAGGCACCUCCACCGGCGCGGUGGUCGCCGCAGUGGGUGUGGGACCACGCAAAGGAGAUGGCGUCGCACUACUGGCACGGGAGCAAGCUGCUCGCCGCCGACACGCGGAUCGCCUCGCAGCUGCUGGUGAAGAUGAUGCGCGGUCGCGUCCUCUCGCGGCGCGAGCACAGCCUGCUGGUGCGGGUGCUGGGCGAUCUGCUGCGCGUCAUCCCGCUCGCCUUCUUCCUCCUCGUGCCGAUGAUGGAGUUUGCGCUGCCGUUUGCGAUCCGGCUCUUCCCAAACCUGCUGCCGUCCACGUUCGAGGAGAAGCACCAGAUCGAAGAGAAGCGGAUCAAGCUCCUCAAGGUGCGUCUUGAGGUGGCCAAGGUGCUGGAGCACACUCUGGAGGAGCGUGCGAAGGAGCUGAACAGGGCGACCAAGGCGAAGGCGGAGGCGGGCGGCGGCGACGCGGAGGAGCCGUACCCGCGCGACCUGUUUAGCAAGUUCAUGCGACGGAUGAGGGAGGGCGAGCGUCUGUCGCGGGAGGAGACGCUGCAGGUCAUGUCGCACUUCAAGCAUGUCGACUCACCAGACGCGCUCAACAGGCAGCAGCUCACCCUGCUCUGCAACUUCCUCGGCAUGCCUUCCUUCGGCCCCGACCCGGUCCUCCGCUUCCAGCUCCGCACCAAGCUGCGCCAGCUCCGCAACGACGACAAGGAGAUCAUGUGGGAGGGCGUCGGCUCGCUCACCCGAGACGAGCUCCUCGCGGCCAUGCGCGCGAGAGGGCUGCCGAGCGCGGGGCUCGGCCAGGCGCAGAUGGCGGCUGCGCUGCAGGAGUGGCUGCAGCUGUCGCAGAACCGCGAGAUCCCGUCCGUGUUGCUGCUGCUCUCCAACGCGCUCCGCUUCGCGCGCGUGCGCGACUACCAGCAAGAGGCCCAGGCGGAGAGGGAGGCGGCGGCGGCGUCGAAGGUGCUCGACGACGAGGCCGCGCAGGUCGCGCUCUCGUCGAUGCGCGAGGAGGUGAUCGACUCGGCGGGCAGCGGUGCGGCCAAGGGGGCGGCGACCACCACCAAGGAGGCGCUGGCGUCGCUCGAGCGCGAGGCGGAGCUGGUCGAGGAGGAGAGGCAGCUCAAGCGCGCAGGCGUCGACAAGGUCCCGUCGAGCGUGCGGCCGGCGGAGGCUGUGACGUGGAGCGGGGGCGGGAGCGGCGACAAGGCGGCGGCGGAGAAGGCGUCGCCCGCGGCUGCCGACGGCGCGGCGACGGCGGAGGAGGUGGAGGAGGAGGAGGCGACGCGGCUGUCGCGGGAGCAGGUGCGCGACAUCGCGGCGGCGGUGGAGACGCUGUCCGCGACGAGCGCGCUGGAGGGCGAGAAGAAGGAGUGGCAGAAGCUCGAGGCGGAGAGGCUGGAGAGCGCGACCGAGAUCGAGGAGGCAAAGGCUCAAGGCUCCGCCUACAUUGCGCGCAUGCUCGACUCGCGCGUGCGCGUCAUGAUGGACUCGCUGCGCACGGAGAUCGAGGAGGCAGACGGCUCGAUCGGCGCGUCGCUGCACGCGAUCGACUUGGACGGCGACGGCGUGCUCUCGUACGAGGAGCUGAUGCUCGCGCUCGAGUCGAUGAACAAGCGGAAGCGGCCGCACGCAGAGCAGAUGAAGCAGGUGCUGGAGCAGCUCGACCCAGACUCGGAUGGGAAGAUCCAGCUGGCGGACCUGCGGCAGCUCAUCAGCGAGAUGGAGCUGCGCGACGAGGACCCGCCGGCGGAGAAGAAGAGCUCGUCCAGCGCCGAGUGAUCGAUGUCCGCAGCCGUGUAGGAUCUCUCGCUGCUUCGCGCGAGAGCGCAACCAAUCGCUUACGCAGGGACAGCACCUCACAGUGCUCGGCACAUUCCGAUGCGCGGACUGUCUCGACUGAGGGCCGCUGCGCUGCUUUAGCUCUCGUUUAAUUUCCUCCCUCGGCCUUCUC